AUGUUAAAGUUCUUUUACCUUUUUGCAGGCAUAUAUACUUCGACAAAUAAUGAAUCGAUUAGUACUGCAGAAUCUGUUGUAUGUAGUAUAAACAGUUUUUAUGACGCAAAAGGAAUAUAUCAAUGUAAUCAAAAUUUAAAUGGAAACAACAACACCAAGCAAUUUCUGGAACAAGAAAAUUUUGAGCUAAAAAAGAUUAGUGGAAAUGCUUUAAACUUAGAAGAAGUAAUACAAUCUAAAGUUACAUCAAUUUCUGUUCCUAAUAGUCCCAUUUUUGAUACAAGGAAUGUUCAGUGUUUUAAAAAAAAGCAUAAUGAAACUUUUGAAAAUCCGGUUCGAAAAAAACUUAAAUUAGGCGAUAAUAGUAAAUGUAUAACUAAUAAAAAUGAAAAACAUCGAAAAAUUUUUCAAAAUAGUCCAAUUAUAAGUGAUAGUAUCACAUCUAGCCUUUUAACCUCCCCAAAGCAAUAUGAUGAAGUAUUAAACUUUGAUAAGGCAAUUAAUGAUCGUAAUAAAAAUCAAAAUGAUAAUAUAGAAUGUAUAGAGAUUAUAAGAUAUAGUGAUAAAGAAGAGUUACUGAAUAGUAUUUAUAAUGUCUAUGCUAAAAGAUUUCAUGAAUAUUUGAUUGAUAGAAAAAACUUAAAUUGGAAUUCUGUAUUACAAAAUGGAAAAGUACAAUCUAUUAAUCAACAAUCGACAAAUUUAGAUUUAUUUAUGGAUUUUUGUAAAGAGGGUUUAAUCCUAUUAAAAUCUGCAUUUUACGAAACCAAAAAUGAGCAAGUUUCAACUUCAGAAGAAAUUUUCUUGUUUAGAAAAAAGAACAAAAAAUUUAAAAGUAAGUUAUCAAAGCUUAAAAACUGUUUUUAUGAUAGAAAAAGAACUUUUAAAAAAGGUAUUGAAUGUCAAAUAAAAAAUAUAGAAGAAAGUUCUUUUUUUAAAGAAUCUUCAUCUGAGUCUACAAAAAAAUUAAUAGUAGAAUGCAAUAUAUUUAUAAAAGAAAUGGCAAAGUAUUUAUUGUCUUUUAAUUUGACUGUUAACCUUGGAAAGAAAGAUAUAAAGUAUAUUUAUAAUGAAUGUAAAGAUAUCUUUCAAAGACUCAGAAAUAUUUCGCAAACUUUCAAACCAGAAUGUAUUGUUGUAAUAAUAAAAAUGCUAAUCGAAAGAUUAGAGGGCACCCAAGGUUCUUUAAUUUCGAUAAGUCGUAGUAUUUCUAUACUUUUUAAUUCUGUAACACGUCUAUCUUCAGAUGUUGAUUGGUUAAUUUCCCCUCUAAAAGACAUUAUGAAUGGUAUUGAUAAAGAAUAUGAACGGAAAGAACUUAUUUAA